AAUGAUCUAUGUGAAGAGAUUAAUCGAAAAAGCAAUCAUACCUAAAAAGGGAUCCCUCAAGGCUGCUGGUUAUGAUCUAUUUAGUGCUGAGGAUACAAUUGUACCUGCAAAAGGAAAAUAAGUAAUCAAAACAGGCAUCUCAAUGGCAUUAUUAGAAGGUACUUAUGGUAGAAUAGGUAAUGUAAAUAUGUUUAUGAUUAAAGCUCCUCGUUCUGGUUUGGCAGCCAAAAAUUUUAUAGAUGUUGGUGCUGGUGUUAUUGAUGAAGAUUAUAGAGGAGAAAUAUGUGUGUUAUUAUUUAAUUUUGGAGAUAACGAUUUUAAAGUAAAUUAUGGUGAUAGAAUUGCUUAAAUGAUUAUUGAAUAUGUUGUACAAACUGAAAUUUAAGAAACUGAGAAUUUGAGUGAAACUCAAAGAGGAGAAGGAGGGUUUGGAUCAACUGGUGUCAAAUUAAUUUAAAAUACUAAUAAUUAAUCUCAAUAAUUAAAGUAGAAAUUAUAAAAUCUUCAAUAAUUAAAUAAUGAUCAACCAGAACCUUGGUAAGAAUUGACUAUUCUGGAUUUAUACAGUUUAUUUUCUAAUGGACACAUUAAUAGUAAAUAAAAAUAAUAAUUGGGGGAAAUUACAAUGAAAGGAGAUAAAAAAGUGUAUGAAUUAUUUAAAAAGAAUGAGGGAAAGAAUGAAUAAAUAAUAAUUUAAUAGUUACUUAAUUUAAUUGAAGAAUGAU